CGCCCUCUCUUUCCCAGGGGUCGUGGCGUCGCGUAGAAGCAGGUAUUCUCCCGGGAGCGGCGCUCGGCCCUGGUCGUCUUGGCGAAGAGGGGGCGGUUGUCUCCCGCGUUUCCCCUUUUGGGAGACGUUCCUUUCGUCGCGACUGGUGAUUGCAUCUGAACUUCAGUAGAAAAUGUUGCGGGCGAAGAAUAAACUUCUGUGCCUCUGGCCCUUCCAUUACAAGAAAAAGACAGUGCCACAUCUCCAUGACCUCCAUAUUCAGCGCUCACUGCAUGCAGAAGCACUCCACUCUGAGUGGGUUGCAAUGGCCAAAAAGCAGCUGAAGGGCAAGAAUCCAGAGGAGCUGAUAUGGCACACCCCAGAGGGAAUCUCCAUCAAACCACUGUACUCUAAACAGGACACACAGAACUUUCCAGAGGAACUACCCGGAGUGAAACCCUUCACUCGUGGUCCUUAUCCUACCAUGUAUACUUACAGGCCUUGGACCAUCCGCCAGUAUGCUGGCUUCAGUACUGUGGAGGAAAGUAACAAAUUCUACAAGGACAACAUCAAGGCGGGCCAGCAAGGUUUAUCUGUUGCUUUUGAUCUGGCAACUCAUCGUGGUUAUGAUUCAGACAACCCCCGAGUUCGUGGUGACGUUGGAAUGGCUGGGGUUGCCAUUGAUACAGUAGAAGAUACCAAGAUACUUUUUGAUGGCAUUCCUCUGGAGAAAAUGUCUGUUUCUAUGACAAUGAAUGGAGCAGUAAUUCCUGUCCUGGCAACUUUCAUUGUAACUGGGGAAGAACAAGGUGUGCCUCAGUCCAAGUUGACAGGAACAAUACAGAAUGAUAUACUGAAGGAAUUCAUGGUUCGAAAUACCUACAUUUUCCCCCCAGAACCAUCAAUGCGGAUAAUUGCUGACAUCUUCCAAUAUACAUCAAAGCACAUGCCCAAAUUUAAUUCCAUUUCUAUCAGUGGAUACCAUAUGCAGGAGGCUGGAGCCGAUGCCAUUUUGGAAUUAGCUUAUACUAUAGCUGAUGGCUUAGAGUACUGCAGAACUGGGCUUCAGGCUGGUCUCACCAUUGAUGAAUUUGCUCCAAGACUGUCUUUCUUCUGGGGAAUUGGUAUGAACUUUUACAUGGAAAUAGCUAAGCUAAGAGCUGGAAGGCGCCUCUGGGCUCACUUAGUAGAAAAAAUGUUUCAGCCAAAGGACACCAAAUCACUUCUCCUUAGAGCUCAUUGUCAAACUUCUGGAUGGUCAUUGACUGAACAGGAUCCUUAUAAUAAUAUCAUCCGCACUACAAUUGAGGCAAUGGCUGCAGUGUUCGGAGGUACCCAGUCCUUGCAUACCAAUUCAUUUGAUGAAGCUUUGGGCUUGCCAACUGUGAAAAGUGCUCGGAUUGCCAGGAAUACCCAGAUUAUAAUACAGGAAGAGUCUGGCAUUCCUAAAGUGGCAGAUCCCUGGGGUGGCUCCUUUAUGAUGGAAUGUCUCACCAAUGAUGUCUUUGAAGCUGCUUUAAAGCUCAUUAAUGAGAUUGAGGAAAUGGGUGGAAUGGCCAGAGCUGUAGCUGAAGGAAUACCAAAACUUCGAAUUGAAGAGUGUGCUGCCCGAAGACAAGCCCGGAUUGAUUCUGGUUCAGAAGUAAUUGUUGGAGUCAAUAAGUACCAGUUAGAAAAAGAAGAGACUGUUGAAGUCUUGGCAAUUGAUAACACUUCAGUCCGCAACAAACAGAUUGAGAAACUUAAAAAGGUGAAAGCUUCCAGAGAUCAAGAAGCGUCCCAGCGUUGUCUCACUGCACUAACAGAAUGUGCUGCUACAGGCCAAGGCAACUUGCUAGCCCUGGCAGUGGAAGCAGCACGGGCACGAUGCACAGUAGGCGAAAUAACAGAUGCCAUGAAAAAGGUGUUUGGUGAGCACAAAGCCACUGAUCGUAUGGUGAGUGGAGCUUACCGUCAGGAGUAUGGGGAGAGUGAGGAAAUAUCUCAAGCUAUCAACAGAAUUGACAUGUUUAUGGAACGUGAAGGUCGUAGACCACGUAUUCUUGUUGCUAAAAUGGGCCAAGAUGGGCAUGACAGAGGAGCCAAAGUGGUUGCUACAGGAUUUGCUGACCUUGGUUUUGAUGUGGAUAUAGGCCCUUUGUUCCAGACACCACGUGAAGUAGCCCAGCAGGCUGUAGAUGCUGAUGUUCAUUGUAUAGGUGUGAGUACGCUAGCUGCUGGUCACAAAACACUUGUGCCUGAACUCAUCAAGGAGCUGAAUGCCCUUGGCCGGCCUGACAUUCUUGUCUUAUGUGGAGGUGUCAUUCCACCUCAGGAUUAUGAGUUCCUCUACAACUGUGGAGUUUCCAAUAUAUUUGGCCCAGGAACCCGAAUCCCAAAAGCAGCUGUUGAAGUUCUUGAUGAAGUUGAAAAAAACCUGGAUAAGAGACAGCAGUCACUGUAAAUCACUUUCAUCUAACAGGUCAUGGUAAACCUCAAUACGUUUUGAUGCACUGUGAUCAGUAGCUACAGGAUUGUAAACUUUAUUAAAUCAGCUACAAUGACUGAUGUUGUGUUAUGCUUUCUGGGAAAGUACAAAAAAAUCUCUCCAAUGUUACAUAUGUGGGAAAAAAAGAUUCAACUGGCCUUGUAAAAAAUGUUCAAUAAGAUACAUGGGCAAAUUGUAAAACAGGUUAUAAGUGUAUCUGAAUACUUUUUAAUGUACUUUGUAUCUUUAAAAUGCAAAUCAAAUUUCAAAAUAAAGACUGCUGUUAUUAAAAAGA